UAAAGUUUUCAAAAUUAAUCGUUAAUUUUGCGUUUUUCUUUUUUACUUCGUAUUAUUCGUAUUAUACCCGGGUUGAAAAAUAUUGUCAAUUUUAAUCUUAAUCAUCAACUUAUUUUUUUCACUUCUUUGAUUCACACUUGUUUCAACUAUUGAUAAAAUACGAUCGCAAUCUUUCACAAAAAUUUUUUUUUUGAUCUACCUAGUGUAUACUCCUCUCCUUUCCGAUGGAACAGUAUCUUAAUGAGAAGAACAACGAAACAACGAUAAGGGGAGGAGUCCAGUCCACAGGUGGAUCGAAGAUAUAUGCAGUAGAAACUUGUGAUCAUAUUUUCCUGACUCAAUCGAAACUCUUCAAUCUUCAAGGAAAAUGCACUCGAUCGUCGCCUUGAUGCUCAUCGGAACAAUUCUCCCAAUCGCUGCUCUUCACCAGAAGCAUCAAGGCUUCAUCCUGUCGUCAUCCGAUUCAACCGGAAACCAACCAAUGGAUGCGAUCUCAAGAGCCGACCGUCACACCAACUACCGAUCAUGCGCAUUGCGGCUCAUCCCGCAUGUCUGGUCGGUGUGCGGUGACGCCUGCCAACCACAAAACGGAAUCGAUGUCGCUCAAAAAUGUUGCUCCACUGAUUGCAGCUCCGAUUACAUCAAAGAAAUCUGCUGCCCAUUUGACUAAUUGGAUCCCAGAAUAAGAAGAAGAAUCAAGUUCAUCUACACACCUACCGUCACCCUCCUGAAACCAACCUAACUCAUUAUUUUCCUCUGUUUCAACUAUCUCAUAUUUCCAAUUCUAUCUCAACAAAUUUCCGCCUCCUCCUUCUCUCAAAUUUUCCUAUACUUAUCAAUAAAUAAUGGUAACAAA